AUGCCUCUUCCCAGCUUUAUCUCAGGGCUCGCUGACAAGGCCCAAGACGCACUCAACAAGAGCUCGUUGGGGCAACACAUCCCGGGAUCGGGUCGGCCGACGACGCCGGGCGAGAGUGGCUCGACCGGGAACGCGACUCUUGCUCAACUCCAACACCAAUUCCGCUCUCUCCAGAUCCAGUAUGGUAAUGUCGGUCCCGUUCAGAGGAUCGUGACAACCGAGAAGGGAGUGGCGCUCGACUUUGACGCGGUCAAUCGCGACACUCAGGCGCAGAGCAAGGAGCUUUAUAUGUGGGGAAAGGGCGAAGACGUGGAUCUUAAAGAUGUUUCGGAUCGGCUGGCCUUCUUGAACUACGUCUCUGGCCAGCUCGCGGGCACGCUCGCGACCAAAUUAAAUCAAGCACGCACUCCUCUCAAGGCUUUGCGUGACAGUGACGCUACGCUUGCUCCUCGUCGUCAGGCUCGCGCCCAACUGCAAACCCAGAUCGAUCGUCUUGAGCAAAGCAAGGACAAAGGCUACGAGAAACGCGUGGUAGAGCUUCGCGAUCAGCUUCGCAAGGCUGAGAAGGAUGACGAGGGGGCAGAGAAGGAGGCCGAGAUCAUCAAGCGCAAGGCGAUCCGAGAGAGCGAGGCUCUGAAAUUUGAAGCGCUUCGGGAGUAUGGCGAGAAGCUGUCUCUGAUCGCCCAAGCUAGCGGUCCCGUUCUCGAUCUUCUGCCGUCUGUCCCUACAACUUCAUACGGCGGCCACGAGAAAUCCGGAGAAGUCAGAGCCGCCCUCCAGGCCUCGCUCGACAGCUGGAAACCCGGCCAGGUUACGCUGAAGGCUGGCGCCGGUGCCCUCCUUGACCGUUCACACACUAGGGCGUUCGGGGAGACGCACGCUGCUGAGAUCUCUAAGAUCAAUUCGGAGUCUCCACACACUGGACCCAGCAGGGUCACCGCCUCUCCUCCUCCCCCAAUUCAGAGUCCUGCUAUUGCACCAGAGAAGCCGACAGCGGCACCGAUCGCAGUUCCCGCCAUAUCUGCUUCUCAUGACCAGCCCUCUUCCGCCUCGUCGCUGCCGGUCGUGCCUGAGAAGUCGGCGGUGGCAUCACCUGUGGUGCCCGCGCCCGCCCCCAUCUCUGCGAAAUCCCCUGUUGUGACCAGCCCUGUCACUCAUGCAUCGCCGUUGGGAGGUAACAUCUCGCAAAGCUCACUGCCCGGCUCCUCGGCCUCACCGCCGAUUGACCCUGCUUCGUUGAACAAUGCACCGGCGCAGUUGCCUACUUCUGUUUCUCCGCCUGCGUCAGCCGCUGCUCCCAACCCGAUUGAGCCUGAGGUCAAGGUACCGAGUGUGACACCCACUGUUGCGGAGACCGGUACUCCUAUCGCGGCCAAGGCAAGCGAUCCUGGUCCCGCCAGCGGUUCGCUGAAAGACCUGCGCAACGCGAGCUCGCCUCCCACACGGCCCCACGCAGAUUUGCCACCACCAUCUUCCUUCGCACUCCCUGAGUCCUCCUCGGCGGCAGGUCCAAGUGCGGGUGGCUUCGAGAGUGCCGAGGACGAGAAGAAGCGUUUAGAGCGGGAGGAGCGGGAGCGACUGCUGCAUGGCAGUGGCGCCUCGACUAGCACUGGUGCGCCCGGCUAUCCGAGUGCCGAGGACGAGAAGAAGCGUCUGGAGAGGGAAGAGCGUGAGCGCAUGUUGCAUGGAGGCGUGCCUCCACCGUCACAACGCAAGGACGACGAAGACGGCGCCGCGCCGCCCCCUGCUUACCAGGAGUUUUGA